AUGGGCGGCUCCUCUAGCAAAGUUUCUGCAACUCCGCCGUCUAAGGCUGAGGCACUGGGGCCUUAUGUUGUGACAUCUGUGCAGCACCCGAAAGUCGACGUGGUAGUCCUCCAUGGUUUUACUGGUCAUAGAGAGAAAACAUGGACUGCUGAGGGCGAAACUGAGCCAUGGUUCAAGACACUUCUUCCAAAGGACCUCCCGACGGCUAGAAUUAUGACCUACGGCUAUGACGCCGAUGUACUCCAUCUAACCCGUGUUGCUGGCCAAAACACAAUCCGAGAACAUGCAAAGACUCUCAUCAAUGAUCUCAGCGCUCUUCGUACGGACACCGUUGGACGGCCUAUCAUAUUUGUGGUGCAUAGCCUUGGAGGACUGGUAAUAUAG